CGUGGUACCAGCAGAGAAAAAACAAGGAGGAUGCUGCCGCUCAGAGCAAGCCCUGAAUCYCAACCCAACUGAUGCAACCCCUGGCACUUUAAAGAUGCGUGCAAGCAAGGAAGAAGAACUGGAAAAUGACCCAUUAAGGAAAUGUUCCAUUUUGCAGGUUCAGUGGCAAAUAUGAACAUUUGUCAACAUUUGACAAGAACUCCUUGGGACACCAUGAAUUUGCUGCAAUCUGGACCACAGAGCAUUUGCAAUAGCACUUUUAAAUUCUAAUUUAAUUUAAAUUAAAAAUUAUAAGAGUCAUCCGGAUUAACUGCAGUCAUGGCUAGCAAAAGAAAAUCCACGACUCCCUGCAUGAUACCAGUAAAAACGCUGGUGCUUCAGGAGCCCGAACUGGAUGCUGUARAAAAUGAUCAUAAAGGAACUCAACAGGACGUUCCUCCUGAAGUGCCUGCACCUAGUGAUGCUGGUGCAAGCAACACUAGUAACAGAGCGUUAUCUAACGGGCACCGUGGUAUUGCUGAUGGCGACACUUACGUGUGCAAGGACUGUAACUUUGGAUCUCAAGAUGUUCACUCUUUCAUUGGGCACCUGGACUCUGAGCACUUAGAUUUUAGCCAAGAUCCGGUGUUUGCGUGCGUUGCGUGCAGCUUUCUGGCAAAAAGCCAUGAGGGGCUCUCGCACCACAACGCAGAGGCCCAUGCUGGCGAGACCAGCUUCACGUGGAGCGUGGCCAAGAAGGAUAAUCAAACCACCGUGGAGCAGAGUCUCUGCGAGGCCGCCGGCAGCCACGAGCCUCCCGCGGAGCUCCCCGAGGAAGCGGCAGACGGUCAGUCCGAAAUUAUCAUCACCAAAACCCCCAUCAUGAAGAUAAUGAAAGGCAAACCCGAGGCCAAGAAAAUCCACACGCUCAAAGAGAACCUACCGAGUCAGCCGAGCGGCGAGUUGGAGGCGAAAGACGCAGAGCAUUCGUUCCCCAACGGGUCCGUCCCGGCGAGCCAGCCCCCCGCGAGCUCAACCAAGUCGUCCCACGUGGCCAACGGCUCCCUCAUAGGAAACGUGCCCAUUUUGCAGGCGGGUGUUGCCCACCUCGUUUCCCUGCCGCAGCAGCCACCACUGCACCAGCAGCUGCCCACGUCCAAAUCCCUUCCCAAGGUGAUGAUUCCCUUGAGCAGCAUCCCAACGUACAACGCGGCCAUGGACUCUAACAGCUUCCUGAAAAACUCCUUCCACAAGUUCCCUUACCCCACCAAAGCCGAGCUCUGCUACUUGACAGUGGUGACAAAAUACCCAGAGGAGCAGCUGAAGAUCUGGUUCACRGCGCAGAGGUUGAAGCAAGGCAUCAGCUGGUCCCCAGAAGAGAUAGAAGACGCCAGGAAAAAGAUGUUUAACACGGUUAUCCAGUCCGUGCCCCAACCCACAAUCACGGUUUUGAACACACCGCUAGUUGCAAACCCCGGCAAUGUCCCACACCUCAUUCAGGCCACUUUGCCCGGCCACGUGGUCGGGCAGCCCGAAGGAACGGGGGGCCUGCUCGUUACACAGCCCGUGGUGACCAACGGGUUGAAAGGAAGCGGCUCCUCCUUCACGCUAGCGGUGACCUCGGCUGCCAAGGCCCAGCCCGCGGCGCCGCACGGCACCGUGAGCUCCGGUAACGCGUCCACGGUGAAGGUGGUCAACAGCGCCCAGGCCCUGCUCACCGCGUGUCCGGCCAUAUCCUCGCAGGCCUUCCUGGACCCCAACGUGUACAAGAACAAGAAGUCCCAUGAGCAGCUGUCCGCACUGAAAGGCAGCUUCUACAGAAACCAGUUCCCUGGGCAGGCCGAGGUCGAGCGGCUGUCAAAAAUCACCGGCCUUUCCGUGAAGGAGAUUCGGAAGUGGUUUAGCGACAGGAGGUACCAUUACAGGAACGUGAAGGGCGGCCGAGGCGCGUUUGCCGGGGAUCCCCUGGAUUCCCUGCCCGAGAUGCCCUUUGAUGUGCCCCCCAAGGGUGCCGAGCUAGCGUCCACCACGGCAGCAACGCCCGUCACACAUCACCAAACGAGGCGACAAGCCUGGCAUCAGACGCCUGACUUCACGCCCACCAAGUACAAGGAGCGAGCGCCCGAGCAGCUGAAGGCUCUGGAGAGCAGUUUUGCACAGAACCCUCUUCCUCCAGAUGAGGAGGUCAAUCGCCUGCGSGGUGAGACCAAAAUGACACGCCGAGAAAUCGAUAGCUGGUUCUCUGAAAGGAGGAAAAAACAAGUGGCRGAAGAAAACAAGAAGGUGGAGGAAGCAGUUCAGCAGGAGGAGGAAGAGGCUGAAAAUGGCUGCGGGGAGGAAGACUCUUCCGAUGACCUGAGGGCCUCAAGUGAGAACGGCUCCGGGGAUGCCUCUAGCAACAACCCAAAUUCAGAGGAGCGCAAAGUGAGUCCCAUCAAAAUCAACCUGAAGAACCUCCGAGUGACUGAGGCCAACGGCAAGGGCGAAGUCCCGGGGAUCAGCGCAAGCGAGAAGGGGGACGGCAGCCCCAGCCGGCCCCCGACCCCCCCAAAAACCAAGCUGAACUUCAAGAAGACCGCCCAGCAGCGGCACUUGCUCAAACAAAUGUUCGUGCAGACGCAGCGGCCGACCAACCAGGAGUACGACGCUAUCGUGUCGCAGACGGGCCUGCCGCGGGCGGAGGUGAUCCGCUGGUUCGGAGACAGCCGCUAUGGCUACAAGAACGGGCAGCUGAAGUGGUACGAGAACUACCGGCGGGGGAUUUUCCCCCCGGGCGUGGUGGAAGUCAGCGCCGCCGGCAGGGAGGUCUUGGAGGACUAUUUCAGGCAGCACAAGGCGCUGCGGGAGGACGACCUGGCGGGGCUGUGUGAGCGCGCGCAGCUCGGCGCCCCGCACGUGCGGCUCUGGCUGGCGGCGCGGGCCGACGAGGAGGCCCGCGGCUCGAGCGAGGCGGGCGGCGAGGAUGGGCAGCCCGGCACGGGCGACCAAGCGGGGAGCCAGAACGGGCCG